AUGACUGAUAUUGACGAAUUGGUUCAGGAAUCUGUAGGGUUUCUUCACAAAACCUUCGAUGAGUUCUCUAUCUCACUUCAUUCUAUUGAAAGUGAACCCCUUCCGUCUUCAAUGUUUAAUGAAAAUGUUCUCAAUUUUGAGUGGGAACCGCUCCAAAACAAUCUUUCAACAGUUUACGAUAAAGAUCGCUUGAUUGACACUGUACUUAAGAGGUUUAUAAUUGACUCUAUGACGAACGCUAUCGAAGAUGGAGAGGAAAGAAAUCUUGAGAAAGGGUUGCUGAAAUCGUGCAUAUGCCUCGAUUUUGUAUAUAAUGCAAGACGCAGCAGAAAAGAACCCCCUAGUUGGGGGAACACUUUUUUUGACUUAUUUUCCACGAUUGUUGAUCUGCUGAACUCACCAUCUACAUUUUUGAAAUUUUGGCCCUACGCUGAAUCGCGUAUCGAAUGGUUCAAAAUGAACACAUCUGUUGAACCAAUACCGCUGGGAGAAAGUAAUUUAAUUAGUUAUAAGCAGCCCUUAUAUGAAAAGUUGCGUCAUUGGAACGAUAUUUUGGCUAAGUUGGAGAAUAACGACAUCCUUAAUACAACCGAGCAUUACAACAUGAAAUACAAGCUAGAAAAUUUCAUAUCGAACUUGUUACCCAUAAAUGAAGAAUCAAAUUUUAAUAGAUCUGCUUCGAUUUCUGCUUUACAAGAGUCAGACAGUAAAUUGAACGAGACAAAAUCCGGACGAGAAAGUGGUCGUAAUUCGGAUGCUAUUUUUUCUGCCGACUAUAAUUUCGUAUUUCAUCAUCUAAUUACUUGCCCGAUUGAAUUUGCGUUUAGCGAUCUAGAGUAUAAAAAUGAUGUCGAGAGAUCAUUAAGCCCUCUUCUCGAUGCAUUAUUGGAAAUUGAAGAGAACUUUUAUGGUAAAAUUAAGAUAAACAACAAGACUAGGUUUGCCUUGGAGGAAACUUUGAAUAAUGAGUAUUACGCCGACUACGAUAUUAUGACCCCUAAAUUACCUGUAUAUAUAAAGCAUUCAAAUGCAAUGAAGAUGGAUAGAAAUGAAUUCUGGGAAAAUCUACACAAUAUGAAAGAAUCAGGAGGAUUUGUUCUUCGGCCUACCGUUAUGGACAUUUCCUUGGGGAAUUCAAAUAGUCUUUAUAGACAACUGACCCAAGAAGAUAAUGAUUACUAUCGCAAACAGUUCAUUUUGCAACUCUGCUUUUCGGCAAACCUUAUUCGUAAUCUAAUUUCUUCCGAUGAAACAAGAAAUUUCUAUAAGAGCUGUUGUUUAAGGGAAAACCCUCUUGGCCACAUCGAUUUCGAGAAUUUCGACGAAAAUAACAAAAAGCGUGGUCUUGACAUGUGUUCAUACAUUUGUGAUAAUCGUAUCUUGAAAUUUUACAAGAUCAAAGACCCCGAUUUUCAUAACGUUAUUCAGAGAUUAAUGUCCUCUGAUGAAAAAUUUGCAGCCGCUAAGGUUGAUGGCUUCAAAGAGUUUCAAAAUUUCAAGAUUUCUAAGAAGAAGCUAUCUUCUCCCGAUUUUGAUAAAACUUUUAGAAAGUUUACCUUCAUUAAGAUGGGGAAUAAGUUGAUUAGCAAUGUUUGGAAAAUUGCUACUGGCCUAGACAAGAUUGAACAAGAAGUUAAAAGGCCUGAAGGUGUUUAUCAGGCGGCCCAAUCGAAGUGGGAAUCAAAAGUUGCGUCUGACGGUUCUAAUGAGGAAGCGAAAGACGAAAUAAUUAGACAAUGGCAAACCUUGCGGUUUUUGAGAUCACGAUACUUGUUUGACUUUGACAAAGUUAAUGAAAACACUGGCGUUGAUGGUUUGUUCGGAACAUACGAAAAAGCAGAAGAAUCGGGUGACGAUAUCAAAGAGAAACUUCUGUUCAAAAUAAACCAAGUACACAGAAAGAGAUUACAGGAUGCUAGGGAAUAUAGAAUUGGAAAAGAGCGAAAAAAGAGAGCAUUGGAGGAAGAUACAUUGGAUAAGGGGGGGAAGAAAACCAAGCUGCGACUUCCGGAUUACAAUUCUCAAACGGAAGGAGAUGAAUUGACAAGCAGAGAAACAAUACUAGGGCAUGAACUGGCAGAAGAAAAUACUAAGACGGGAGGGGCGAAAGCAUCUUCGCAAGACUCUGAUGAGGGAAAGGAGGCUGGUAAGUCCGCCCCACAAAGCAGUACAGCCUAA